AUGGGUGAUUUUAAUGAAACUCCAGCUCUGAUGGACUCCUGGUUAAAGGAUAACUUUAACAAUGUAAGGAGAAUUGUCUCUACUACACCAACCCGUCGAAACAAUGUAAUUGAUUACAUUUGCUAUAGGGAUAUAAAAGGGAACAUAAACUUAAACGUCAAAAGUGAAGUUUGUCUAUCUGACCAUAAGCCUGUUAUGGCUACUUGGAAAUUACCAUCCAAGGUCGCUGUAGAAUACUCUACAGUUGAUAGGGUCAGAUCCUUAACUCUUUUGAGUUAA